AUGUCCGUGGGGCGUUGCUUGCAGCAACUGGAGCUGGCUUUGCAUUAUGAUGCUCGAAGUCUCAUGGUACUGCAACAGACAUCUCCGUCCAUGCGCAAAGCGCUGCAGGAGGGUCUCUUGGAGGUGUUUUGCAAGCUGGUGAGGCAGCCGGUGGCAGGGCACAACCUGACCGGAGCCAUUUGGAAGCUUGCUUGCUUGUCGCCGCGUGGCCAUGCACCUUGCUUGCAAGAAGUCGGGGUGCUCGGCUGCGGCAUCGACGGCCCCUGGUUCGAGAGGUGGCGGUCAAGGCGCUGGGGCAUAUUGCCAUCGCGGAAGAGCUGGUCCCAAGGAUCCGGCAGUGCCUCAGUGACGCUCAGGGUCGCGUGCGUCUUUGCGCGAGGCCGUGGAGGGCCUGGACCAGGUGCUGAGGCCCUGCGACAAGGUAGCUGCAGCCAUCAAUCACGAAACGGCAGGUGA